GCAGCCGCUGGUGCGCAGUCCAUGGGCGGCGGGGCGUCCUUUGUCCGGCUGGGACCUGCCCCGGCGGGGAUCUAGAGCGAGGAGGGCGGCCGCCGGCGAGAUCCGAGGAGGAGGCCCUGAUGCACGACAGCCUGGUUCUUCUGGCACCCUGGAGAAGCAACGGAAAAUGCAAAACAGCGAAGUCAUCAAGCCGGCCAAAUACUUCUCCGAAGUGGAGAAGAGUGUGCUGCUUGCGCUGGUUGAGAAAUACAAAUAUGUCCUGGAGUGCAAGAAAAGCGACGCCCGGACAAUUGCCCUGAAGCAACGGACCUGGCAGGCCCUGGCGCACGAAUAUAAUUCUCAACCCAGCGUUUCCCUCCGCGACUUCAAGCAGCUGAAGAAAUGCUGGGAGAACAUCAAGGCACGGACCAAGAAAAUAAUGUCCCAUGACAGGCGGGAUAAGGUCAAACGGAGUAUAAGCCCGCUGAUCAGUAAUCACGUCCUCGGGAAGGAGAAGAUCACUGGCAUGGUGCCGGAGCAAGUGUACUUUUUGCAGAGUCCGCCGGAGGAGGAUUCGGAAUACCAGCCGGAGACUUCUAGUCAAGAACCUUUCACCGUCAUAAACAGGGAACUGUGCGAUGAGGAGAAAGAGCUCGUCCAUUACCAGGUAUGUGAAGGCACCUCGCAGUCCGAGCCCUCUUGCUCGGCCGUCAGACUCACGGGCAAUAAGAACUUCCGCAGCAAGGCCGCCCAGGAGAGCGACCUGAAGAAGAUGCACGAGGAGGAGCACCACCAGCAGAUGUCCAUCCUGCAACUGCAGCUGAUCCAGAUGAACGAGGUGCACGUGGCCAAGAUCCAGCAGAUCGAGCGGGAGUGCGAGAUGGCGGAGGAGGAGCACCGGAUCAAGAUGGAAGUGCUGAACAAAAAAAAAAUGUACUGGGAGCGGAAGCUUCAGACAGUUACCAAGGAGUGGCCCGUCUCUUCCUUUAACAGACCCUUCCCUAAUUCACCCUAGAAGACGUGGCGGCGGCCAGUCGGUCGGAUUGAACCCGCAGGGGUUCUUCACAAAGGGGGUUGGGAUUCAGCG